AUGUAUCUUCCACGCUCCUUGAUAGGACAUUUAUACCUUCAACUCCUUCGAUCACAUCACCCGCUCUCGCCGCCGGUCCUCAUACUUGUUGCACUCGAGCCCGACGCCCUCUGCGCGUGCCGCAUCCUUACAACGCUACUGAAACGCGAUUAUAUAGCCCAUAAGAUCCAACCCAUUGCCGGAUAUGGCGACCUCGCGCGCGCCGGCGAGGAGCUUGUGCGUCCCAUGCGGACAACUGAGGGAGGUAGUGGAGGAGUAGUAGUUUGCCUAGGCGUCGGUGGACUAGUCGAUCUGAGCGAGAUUCUUCGCUUGACCAACGAGGAAGAUGAAUCCGAGGAGAUGGGAGGGGUAGAAGUAUGGGUCAUUGACGCGCGACGACCAUGGAAUUUGGUCAAUGUCUUUGGUGGACACUCAGAUCAAUUCCGUGAGCGCGAAGCAUUGGCAGAUGUGGAUCUCAACACUCUACGGAAAGGGCGCGGUGUCGACAAGGGUUGCCUGAAUCGAAGUUAUAAAAGCGGCAGUGGUGGGAUUAUCGUCUUUGAUGAUGGGGAUAUUGAGGAAGAAUUGACCAACGAACGCGAUGCCUACUAUGCCCUUGAAGAAAUGCCAGAGGUCGAUGAUGAUGGUGACAACCUGGACGAGUCGGAAAGUGAGAAUGACGACGAUAGCCUUGAAGGAGGCUCCAAGAAAAGAAAAUCCUGGUCUGGACGCGAACUAGAAGAUAGUGAUGAGGAGGAGGGCGAACGUCCCCGACAACGUAGGAGGAGCAACUUGAGCUCUCCUAUUACCUCGUCACCGAGUAAUCGCCGCCGUGCGAUCGGACACGAUUCUUCAAACUCGUCGCGCACGCCUACGCCCGAACCAAGCUUUGUAUCACCUAUAUCACGCCAGCCUUCAGCGCGGACCCUUAGACGACGACUUUUACGAAUGAAACGAAAGCACGAGAGCAUAUUACAGGCAUACUACAGCGCAGGCACAGCUUAUUCAGAGCCAAUAUCAUCAAUGAUGUAUUCAUUAGCUUCUGAACUAGGUCGCGAAGAUAACGAUCUGCUGUGGUUGGCAAUUGUGGGAACAUCUAGUAUGGAACUUUCUGGACGAACAAUGGCCGGUGUGGGUAUCUCGAGCUCAUCUGAGCAUGGCGGUUCAGCAGGAUGGGGUGGAUCACGAGGCGAACAAAUUCGACAGAUUAUGCGAGACGAAGUACAUCGACUCAACCCACCUGAAAGCGUAGAGAGCUUUCGUGAUAUCCCUGGGUCAAACACAGAUGUCAUUCCUACGACUGGGAAAUCUCCGACGGAUACCUCGAUACGGUUAUCGCCCGAACCUCGUUUCCUACUGGUACGCCACUGGUCGCUGUAUGAAAGCAUGCUGCAUAGUCCAUACCUCGCGUCAAGGCUACAUGUAUGGACGGAGAACGGCCGUAAAAGGCUACAUAAGCUACUGGCCAAAAUGGGCAUUAGUCUGACACAAUGUCACCAGAACUAUAACCAUAUGGACAUGGAACUGAAGCGCGUAUUACGUUCACGACUCCUGAAAUAUGCUCCAAUGUACGGUUUGGAGGGACUCGUUCCGCCUGUCGCGUCAGGACACAGCAGCAAUCGAGAAGGAUGGGGCUUUGUACGAAGUUGGGGGUGGAAAGCGUGUUUGUCAGCAACCGACGUCGCCGUAAUUCUUGGAUCAAUACUGGAGGUUGGACCAAGUGCAGCAACCGCAUGGGAAUCCGGAUCGUAUGCAACCAGACAGUUGGCCCCGGACAAGCGCGGCCCAUCGGAUACUGACCCGGCUAAUAUUCAUCCUCGAUUUUGGAGUGCUUAUGAUGCGCUUUCCCCGACCGGAUCUGAUUCACCCACACUACUCGUUGAGUUUUUACCUCUAGCACAGCACCUUCACCGCUCUAUACUUCGUACCGGAACGUCGUUGAUGUCGAAGAAUCAGAUUCGUCAUCUACGAGCUUUCCGCAUUGGCGUUGUCAAGGAUGGGCCAGACGUAAAGCUCUUCACCAACCCAGGUGCCUUGACAAAGCUAGCACUCUGGGUCGCAGAGGCAAUUCAAGUGCAAGAGCGAGACAAGAGCGAAACCAAGAUGGGUAAGAAGAAGAUUCUGGGUACACCUCUUGUUCUAGCUGGUCUAGACGAAGACCGCGGCGUAUAUGUGGUAGUCGGCACUGGUGGUGGCGGCGGUGUUAUUGACUUUGCGGCUCUAGCAAAGAAGAACGAGGCACGACGAGCGAAGGAGGAAGCGGCAGAUAAGAAAAAGAAAGAGCGUGAGGAACGACGAAAGAAGCGUGCGGCCGAACGUGCUCGGCGGGGCGAAGACGAGGACGACGCAUCAGACGAUGAAACAGAAGAAGACGAGUCCUCAGAUUCUUCUUCUGACGAUGAAUCAGAAGACGAGAAGAGCCGCUACGGAAACAAAAGACUUGUCCGUAAUCGCUUCGGUAUUGCAUUUCAGGAAGUGGUUCAAGAGACCAGUGCUCGAGUCCGAAUCGACAGCUUUGAGCAUUGCGUGGUGGAGGUUCAGAAGGAAGAUCUGAGCGGGUUCCUUGAAGCGCUGAGUUUUAGGAGUGUUGUCGGAUAG